GGAAGCUGGAAGCCACUGCUGAGAGUCAGACCUCAGUAACAGUGAGAAGAGCUCAGUGCUUGGAAUGAGAGCAGCACAUCAACACCAGCGGAAAUCAUCUACAGCUCAGAGUUAGGACAGAGGACAGAAUCCUGAUGAACAACACAAACCCAACAGACCCCUUCUCCUGCGACGACCCCUCAGUUGUCAGCUACAGGUACUUUGCUGUGUUUUGGGGAUGUGUCGUGACCAUCAUCGGUACCGUGGGCAACAUAAUGACCAUCCUGGCUUUCGCCUCAGACCCACGACUGAGGACCCGCUUCAAUGUGCUGAUCAUCAACCUGGCCGCAGCCGAUCUACUGUACUGCACCAUUCUGCAGCCCAUCUCUGUCGACUCCUACCUACACCUGAGGUGGCGCAGUGGGCAGCUGUGGUGCAAGCUCUUCGGCCUGCUCCUCUUCCUCUCCAACUCUAUCUCCAUCAUCACCCUGUGCCUGGUGGCAGUGAGCAGAUAUGUCCUGGUUGCGAGACGUGCAGUUUUUGAUCGUGUCUUUUCCAACUUAGGUCUAUUUUUACUCCUCCUCUCAACAUGGAUACUUGGUCUUGCCAGCUUUGCACCUGUCUGGUCUCUGUAUGUGUUUGUGCCCCAGGUGUGCACGUGUAGCUUCGAUCGUAGCAAAGGUCACCCCUACAUCACCACCCUCCUGUUUUCAUACUUUUUCUUAGGUCUGGGUUGUGUUGGUGUUUUUUACAUGCUCAUUUACCGACGUGUCAAGACCGCCUCCAAGGCUCUUCUACGCUAUAGGAUCAGGCGCCGGACGUCCAGGAGGAACCCUUUCACUACAGGACAAGCAACAGAUGACAGUGGUGUGGAGAGCACCAUGAACCAAUCCUGUAGUGGGGAAAUAAGCAGCCAGGCAGACACCGCACAGAAUAAGGACGAGGUCAAAUCCUCACAGUCGGCCCAACACACUGAUGCACCGAACCACAACCCUACGUCUAAAUCUAUUGUCCCUAAAUCUUUCUCCACAACUCCAGCAACCUCUGACCACACGAAGAGCUCAGGAGACGAUGGCGAAUUCAAGCGUGUGACUCGCAUGUGCCUUACGGUGUUCCUGUGUUUUGUGUGCUGCUUUGUGCCCUUUAUAUUGCUCAACAUAGCUGAAAAACAUAUCCAUGCACCUCGGGUCCUUCACAUGUUCUGUGCAAACCUCACCUGGCUCAACAGCUGCAUCAACCCUGUGCUCUACGCCGUCAUGAACCGACAGUUUCGACAGGCCUACCAUCUGCUGCUCAGCCGGGCCGCAACGCCGUUCACCCGCCUGUGGGCCCAGUGCAGAGCACAGAGAUCUAGACUUUCUUAAACACACAGAACAUGGUUUUAUUCAAGACAAACACAGUGUUUUAAAUGAUCCUUCAUCUACCACAUACCAUUUUCCUCUUAAGUUAUUUUUUGUUAUUUUAUGCUACCGUGUAUUCAACUUGUUUGUACGUCAGAAAAACAUUAACCACAAUUUUGGUGCCGAGCAAAUGGUUUCAGGGAGUAAAGACAGUUUUACUGUUUUUGUUUUUUAUUUAGAAAAUUGUCAGUAUUGUCUAUGAUAAAAAUGUAACUUAUGCACCUGAAAUAAUGUUCCUUUUUUUGGAUAGCAUAUUCCUGUUAAGAUGUGUUCAAUAAAAAUAUAUAUGUUUGAUGGCAUGUGAUUUUAAAUAUCUUCAUUAGGAACAAAGAAUACAUAAUUAAAUCAAAGAUCAAAGGUUCUAUGUGUUCUAGUUCUACAGAGUAGAAACAUGAGCUCAUGGGGAGCAGGUGCUCUUCAAGACUUUCAAGAAAGGCACUCUAAAACACAGUAACAGUAACACUGGAAGUUUUAUUGUUGAUUUUGAAUAAACGAGCACUUGACUGAAUGAGCUGUUUUAAAGUAUACGGCGAAGGUUUUGGCGUCACCUGGUGGUGAAGCUACAUGCUGCAUUUGAACGUCUACAUUACUGGUCAGUUAGGUAAGUUAGGCUGUGGGCCAGAUAUUUUGGAAAACAUUAAAUGUGGAAAAGAAUUAAAGAUGAGUAAAACACCGAC